GAGCAAUCGUUUUAGCUAUGAUUGUAGCGGUGGCGGUGGCGAUGAGGUUGAUGGUGACUAAUGGCGUUGUUGGGUGUCAGGCAGGCUAACAACGUUUGUGGUUCGAGCGCAACUUAUGGGAGCGAGCACAAAUACGUCUUUCUAGGCUGUGCUUACAAUUUAGUUUGUGUUCAACUUUACAUUGUUCACCAGUGGAGCAGUAGAGCAGCAGCGGCAAGCGUUACAACUUCACAAAACUCGUAAUUGUGAAGUUUUUUAGCAGCAGCUCUUUGCUGGAAGUGGAAGUGGAUAAGCGUGUUGGUGGAAGCUUGUUUGUGGCUCCUAAUGAGUAGCAACUUCCCAAUACGUUAUGCAUACUUAAUCUACGUAUGUACGUAGUCGUGCUCGUAAAAGGAAUCUUCCGCAAUGGACAAACAAAAGCCAACAAACAGCAACAAUACGCUGGCCGGCAGUGUUCAGUUGGUGAAGGAGCGUAAUCGCAGCAGCAACAAAGUGAAACUUUGUGGUUAUUUGAAGAAGAAGCGAAAUAAAGUUGGUGGUUGGCGUAAGAUGUGGUUUGUGCUGCAGGAUAAAUUACUGCUCUCCUAUGGCUCCAAGGAGGAGUAUGACAAUAAAUUGGUCUCAUUUAAAGAUGUACUCAACCUGGUGCCGGGUACAAUGGUGCGCCCUUUGGGUGGAUUUCGCUUCACCAUCGAGACAACUACGCACGUGAUGUAUACGUUUCAUUGUGAUGAUCGCAAUGCCUAUCGUGAAUGGAUUACCAUGCUGUUGGAUAGCUUAUCCGCUACAGUAAGCACUAAAGUCAUUUCCGCCACUACCACCUCCUCUUCCCCAAUAGCCUACUCUCUGCUGCCAUUGCAACAGCAACGUUUCCGCAACAUUUCCGUCGACAAUAUUCCGCAUGCGCUUUGGUCGAAUGCAGCACAAAAUUCGCAGCGUCAGCGUGAGCUCUCGUCCAGUUGUGAUUCAAUGCGGCAGCGCGCCGAAUUUAUGGAUGGCGCUACUGAGUACGCGCAUUUGGAGCGCAUAGGUAAUAUAAAAACAGUCGGUGGUAUAAAAUCAGCAGCGCGGUCACCGUUGGCGCCAGCAUUGUCACUGCCCACUCACGGCAGCAGUGGUGGGGGUGGUGGUGGUGGUGCGGCGGUGCGUUUGCCAAUCGCGCGCAGCACUGCGAAAAUACUGGAGCGUAACGGCGUGAAUUCAAGCGGUCCGACGAAAAAAUACCAACAGCAACAACAACAACAGCACCAGUACCAAAAACGACAGCAGCAACAAGUGAACUGUUGCAACAGGAGUAGUGGCACAACAGUGAACGCAACAGGUAGCAAAAGCAACAAGAAAAAUAACCACAACAACUUUGGUAAUAAUAGCAACGACAACGUCACAGAUGCGCGUUUAACUACUGAAGCGAGUGCGACCCACUUCCGUUUGCAUGGUGAAAGUCAUUGGAGUGAUUUUACCACACUCGACAACGGUCUACAUCAUUCGGGUACUGGUAGUACCACAACAUCAACUUCCUCAUCAAGCUCCUCGCAUCGGCCUAUCAAUCAAUCAGUUUUGAAAAUAAAUAGUAUGUUCCAACAACAACCAAAUUCUUCCUUGGUGUCAGAACAAUGUGUCAACACAAGUCACCACAAUGUGGUGAAUAAAGAAUUUUUACUGCAUCCAAAGCCUAAGCAAACGAACUGUGAUCAAAGCGAAUUUAUUCCAAAGCUUAACCAUAACAAAAACUCAAAGAUUGAAACAAACGAUCGCAACAAUACAUUGUUUGUGGAUUGUUGUUCGAUGAAUGAUGAUGCUCAAGUUGUGGACAACAAUGUUGAUGGAGCAUAUUCCUGCUGCGCCAAAGAUAGCAAAGCAAUGGUAAUGGUGAAAGACCAAAUUCAGCGAAUGAACAUCAAAGGCCGGAAGGAAAUGAUGUCGUAUUCGAAUGCAGACACAGUCGAUAGGCGUGAGCGCAAGCGAGUUGUCAUAAAGAAACGGUUGGAGGAGGAGUCGAUUAUUGAAAGAGCCAGUAUGUCAAAGGCAGUAGGCGGUGAAGAGUGCAGCGAAAAUUUGUUACACAGUAAUGGUGAAAAUGAUAUCGAGGUGCGACCACUUGCGCUGGGCAAAGAUGUGGAGACAACAUUGAGCAGAUCUUCAGAGCCAAUUUAUGCUGUGGUCGAUUUAGCGCAUAAAUAUGCCCAACGACAGCAACGUUAUGGCAAAAAUAAUCUGAAAAAUUUAGAUACGAAUCUUUGUAGAAGUUAUGAAAGCAUUCUUCAAGGUGUGGAACCUUGUAUUGUGGCGCCAAUCAGAGGCGGAUCGAUAGAGAAAUCCACUAGUAAAUUACAUGUCGAGGACGAUAUUGACGGCAUCUAUGAGGAUGGUGAUAAAUUUGCUGAAUGUUGUAAAAAUGGUGACAUGCCUGAUGGCGAAGAUGAUGAAAACAUAUACGAACCUGUGGGUUUCGAAAACUUCGCGAAUCCGAAGAUCAAUGCCUCCGCAACGCAACCCAGUGCUCUUUGGCGAUACAUUACACGUUUGAAAGUUAAUUCACUGCUACAAUUUACGCGCAUGCGCCGCAACAAUCAUGUCGACUAUGAUACCAUUGAUUUACCUACGCCUGCAAUAUCACCCACGCUUGCACCAAAUCAUAGGAAAACAACGACACUAACAAAGAAACAUCAUCAUCAACAGCCUUCAACAGCGUGCACAGCAACAACAACGACAUCACAAUUCGCCAACAUUAAACACAAAUUUGGCGCACAUCGAAAGUCAAUGCAAGUGCGCGUGCGUAAAAUGUGUGCGCGCACCCACGAACCAAAGACAACUUUCAGCAGCAGACAGCCAAUGCAGCAACAAAUUACAGCGGAUGGUCACUAUAAUGAUGGAGCUACUAACGGCAUCAUCACUGGCAGUACUUGCGGUGCCAGCGCUAGUGGAGGUGUGGGCGGUGGUGGAGCGAAGAAAUCGAAGUAUCGUUGGAAAUCAGUGAAAAUUAGGCCAAAACAUUUCAAUGGCGCCACUUGCAGCAACAGCAGCAGCACAACCGAUGAUAUUAGCAACAAAACAACAACAACGCGGCAGAGUUUCUUUGGCAGUCUGCCGCAUUUGCGUAGAGCGCGUGUCUCACUUUUCUCCACGCCAAAUUUGCAUGCGACGACGAAAGAUCAGAAUAGUAAUGUCAGUGGGGUGAUGAAUAAAGUGGCAGCGGAUUUGGCGCAUGCCGGUGACAAAAGUGAAUGAGCAGCUGAAUAUGAGUGUUGUGAAUUGUAUGUGUGUACAUAUGUAUAUAAACAUAUGCAUGUACAAGUUGAAAGAAUGUGUUUUUGUACAAAUCCAAAUGCAUAUGCAAAAAGCCCUAAAAACUGUAUGUAAGUAAAAUUCAGUUCAAAAACUAGAGCAACUUCAGAGAUCCUGAUGUCGAAUAGUUUUAGUUACUUUGUUUUUAAUACAAAUUGUCGAAGGUGUCUUCGAAUAUUUUGUAUAAGUUCGAAUAAGACUGUAUUUUCCUGUCUGAAACAUGAGAAAAUAUAUCACCAGCUUAAAGAUGACAAUUUUCUAAGUCGACUUUUUGUUAUAACUCAUAUUUUGACAUAAGCAUCAAGAGAAAUUAAAAAUGCAUCGCUUCCAAAAGUAUUUCAUUUAAUGAAACACAAAUUUGCUAGGUCCAAAAGAGGCACAGGAAAUUCGAUAAGUUUUUUUCUAAUAGCGGUCGCCCCUAGGCAGGCAAUGGCAAACCUCCAUGAAAAACAGCUUCUCAUAAAAAUAAAAUCAACAUCAAGCCGCACGCCAUAAAUCGUAGCAGAAGCUCGGCCAAACACUAAGGGUGCGUUCACACAGGAAGCGGGGUCGAGCUGGGCGGAGCCGUUCCGAACUUUCAAAUUAAUGUAGCUAUAGGAAAGUACAGCAAGCUUUUCCAGAAGCGUUAUGGAGCUGAAAGCAAAGCAUUUUUGAUUUUCAAAUUUCCUUUUGAUUUUUCAGUUUCAUGACUCUGAUACGAACAAAAAAUCAAAAUAAAUAAACGCCAAUCUAUUAUUAUUAUUAAAAUAAUAGGAAAUUUUUUAAUUAAUUCGAACGCUUCUGAUUCGUAUGGAGUUUAGCUUUGCUUUAAACAUGCACAAUGUUGAAUUCAAAGUCUUCAAAAAUACCUGAAGAAAAUGGCUAUAAGAAGUUUUUUCCUCUCCUGCAAAAUUUUUAAAAAUGGAUUUUAAAAAAUAACCGUGCCAUUGUUAUGAUUCUCAUUUGAUAUGCCAUUGAAUUAUCCAUAAUGAAAGCAAGCCUAAUGUGUGUAUUCCACUGUAAAUUAAAUUACAAAAAUUUGUGUUUCAAAGUUGGACUUAAAACAUACAAAUGUCAUUACGUAAACUUUAAUUAAGUUCGUUUCCACAUAGCAUUUUCAAAUGGUAUUUUUCUUAACCGAUUUCAAAAAAAAAGAAGGAGGAUAUCAAUACG